AACGGGCAAAACUUUCUCCGCGUUCAGAAAGCGGGGAAGUUCCAAGCGGAGCGACACCCGUGUCCGCGCGUCUCCAAGUGCGCAGAGAAUCAACCGUAUUCAUAGACCAGGGCAGGUCGCCUCUAACCUUCCAAGAACGAUGUCCAAUUGAUCCGCCUGUCCUAUAGCUGGAAGGAAGAUGUCAGCUACGAAUAAUUUUCUCUCUCUUUGUAUAUUUGCGAUAACCUUUUGGAAUUCAACCGCAGAAAGUGGACUUGUAGCAAACUACUCAAAGAGUUCCCUGUUUACUGUCCCCAAACAUCUGCCAACACAAACCACAGUUCUGGAUCUAUCCAGUAACAGUAUAUCGAAAUUGGAAAGCUCUGAUUUUCGUUCCCUUCCCAACUUGCAAGUGCUAAUUCUGACUCAUAAUUCUAUCACAGAAAUUGAUUUGGGGAUUUUCCAGCACAACGAUGUCUUGGAGCAUCUUGAUGUAUCACACAACACGCUAAGGAGUGUUUCUGGUUUUCCUACUAAAAGCCUCAAGCACGUAGAUCUCGCUUACAACGACUUUUCCGCCAUGCCGCUCUUCACCGAGUUCACCAAAACAACAAAGCUGAACUAUUUUGGAAUUAGCGCUAGAAAACUUUCGAGUGUCGAAGCUCUUGUACAUUUACAAGUGGACACAUUAUUUCUGGGCUUAGAAGAUCUUGAUGGAUAUAAGGCGGGACGCCUUCUGGUGUUCAAUGCAAAGACAGUUCGGAUUGUGCUCCCUCAAAACGUCAACAUUCGCAUCCUCUUGGAUCUGCGGUUCAACGGUACAGAAAGUUUAGAACUUUCUAAGAUCCCAUUGGAGCAAAUGGAAGACUUAGGAACAUUUCUGAGACGGCUGGAUGAAAAAAGCACAUUGCUAAAUCUAACAAUAAUCGAUACGAAGUUGAGUUGGAAAGACCUCAUUGAUGUCUUUAAAGCAGUGGGGAAAUCCAGCAUUAAUCAUUUAACCGUUUCAUAUCCAACCAUUACCGAAUUCAAUGAUGGUGCUUUUAAAAAUGCGGAUCCCGCAUUAAAAAGUGUAACCGUCCAAUAUAUACUUUCCGAUACAACAAGAUUUGACCAAAAUAUUGUGUUCUUAACUUUUUCAAACUUGAAUAUUGACAGCUUGACUGUUUCUGAUGCUGAUAUAUUAUAUAUAUAUUGUCCUGAAACACCCAGUAGAUUUAAGUAUUUAAGUUAUAAAAACAACACAUUGACUGACAACAUGUUACAAGGUUGCAAAAAUUUAACUAUGCUACGAACGCUCAUUUUACAAAAGAAUAGACUUGAAGAUCUUACCAAAGUGAGCUUAAUGACAACUAGCAUGACGUCUCUGAAAUCUAUGGAUGUAAGUCAGAAUCGCUUGUACUACAAAGACAGUGAAAUCAAAUGCAACUGGGGCGAACAUAUAAUUAAACUGAAUUUGUCAUCCAACAAGUUAACAGACUCUGUUUUUAGAUGUUUACCGAACAAUAUCCAAAUGUUGGAUUUACAAAGUAAUCAGAUUUCAGCUGUGCCUAAAGAGAUCAUUGAACUGACUGCUUUAAAGGAGUUAAAUUUGGCUUCUAAUAGACUCAAUGCUUUUCCAGGAUGCGGCAAUUUUAAGAACCUUCAGGCGCUUAACGUAGAGAAUAAUUUUGUUCUUGACCAGUUUUCUGAAUUCUUCCAGACCUGUCAGAAUAUUCGAAGAUUAAAAGCAGGACGUAAUCCCUUCGGGUGCCACUGUGAAUUAAGGCAGCUCAUUAAUCUUCAAAAAGAAGAAUCGGUGGCGUUAGUUGGUUGGCCUGAUAUUUAUAUGUGUGAAUAUCCCAGCGACUUAAGGGGAACUCUCUUAAAAAAUGUCCGUAUUUCUGAACUUCAGUGCAACGUGGCUCUCUUGAUUACAGUCGUUUUAGCGGUUUUGCUGUUUGUAAUAGCUGUCGUUGCCUUCCUCUGCAUCCGCUUCGACGUCCCCUGGUAUUUCAAGAUGCUCUGUCGGUGGAGCCAGGUAAAACAUCGGAUAUGGAAGAAGAAAUCGGAAGAGAUCCCCGAGAGCAUUCAAUACCACGCAUUUGUCUCCUACAGCGAGCAUGAUGCUAACUGGGUCAAAACCGAGCUCAUCCCCAAUCUGGAGAAGGAAGAAGGGUCCUUAAGGAUCUGCCAACACGAGAGGAACUUCAUUCCAGGGAAGAGCAUCAUGGAGAACAUCAUCGACUGCAUCGAGAAAAGUUACAAGUCCAUCUUCGUGCUAUCUCCCAAUUUCGUGCAGAGCGAAUGGUGCCAUUACGAGCUGUAUUUUGCUCAUCACAAGUUGUUCAGCGAAAACGCCGACGGCUUAAUUCUGAUUUUGUUGGAGUCCAUACCGGCCUACAUCAUUCCCGCCAGGUACUACAAACUCAAAGCUCUCAUGGCCAAGAGGACCUAUUUGGAAUGGCCAGAAGACAAGAGAAAGCAUCCAUUUUUCUGGACUAAUCUUAGAGCAGCUCUUCAGAUUAAACUGCCCAAUCCCGAAGAAAUGAAAGAGCUUUAGGUAAGAAUGCUAACAGUUUUAACAGAUUAAACGAGUUGGAACGAUCCAACACAUUGGUGCUCAUCGUUUUUUUUUUUUUUUAAUUUUAAAAUUAAACUUUAUUGUUUAAAUGAAAGAACAUUUAAAAACAUACAAGUUUCUCACAAUUGAGAAACAAAUUUACAUAUACAGUACAUAAACGUCACCUAUUAGCUAAUUUCCAUUAUUCUAUAUAAAUAUAUUAGAUGGAUUAUAUGUACAUAUAUACAAACAUACAAUAAAGUAUUCCCUAUUCUA